AUGAAUCCCGCACCGUUGGGUCGAGUCGCGAGCCGGCCGGCAGCUCUGGGUCGCGUGGGGCGAAUCCGGCUGCUGCUGGUGGCUCUGGGCGGCGCGAUGAUCCUCUCGGGCCUCCGAUUCGUCAAUCGCACGACGAACCUCGUCGCGCCUGCCAGCGACGAAUUCGCGAAUUUCACGAGCUUCGGCAAGCGAUUACGGGGCAGUUCGUCGCCCUCACUCGGUUCCUCUUCUUCCUCCUCCACUGACAUCACUUCCGAUACAAGCACAUCGUCAUCAUCAUCAGUAUCAUCGUCGUCGUCAUCCUCCUCCUCCCCCAACUCGUUGCUCAACGCGCCCGCGCUACAGUCGCAACCAAUCGCAGCCGUUCCGCUCUCUCCGAAUACCUCUCAACCAGAUGAAAUCCCCGCCGUUCAAUUGCCAGGAAACGGCUUCCAGAUCUCAGGAAUUGCAGUCCGUCUCCCUCCGUCAAAAUAUAAUGCACAAGAAGCCGGUAGUAACCAGAUUGGUAACCCGAGUGGUAACCAGGUCGACCCGGCAGAGGACCCGGUAUUGGCGCUGCAGCGUGCGGUGAAGCCCGAGGGGAUCAAGUGGCCGCUGCUUGCCGUCACGCCCACCCACGCGCGAGCCAUGCAGGUGGUCUACUUCAUUCGUCUGGCCGCCUAUCUGCGCUCGCUGGGACCGCUGGUGCUCUGGAUCGUCAUAGAGGCGCCUCUUAAGACAGAGGAGACCGCAGAGCUGCUGAAGCAGCAUGCGGGGGCGUGCCUGCCAGCUGGCGACGCCAGCUGUCGGCGAAUCAACUACGUCCACCUGGAAACCCGUCGGGUGGAGACGUCCAAGUGGAACAAGGCAGUGCUGCAGCGCAACGCUGCCCUCGACUUCAUUCGGGAGAGGCGCAUUCAGGGCGUCGUUUACUUUAUGGAUGAUGACAAUGCGUACCUCCCUCAGCUCUUUCUAGAGUUUCAGAGCAUCCAAAACGUGGGUGUUUUCCCCGUCGGCUUCCUCUACCCGGACGAAUACUCGAGGCGAAACAGGCAUAUACACCACACGCCGACGGUAGAGAGACCGCUUGUAAAGAGGACGGAGAGCGGGGGCCUGCAGGUGUAUGGGUGGGAGACGUUUGAGUGGUUCAUCUCCAAGGCCAAGCGGAAGUUCAAUGUUGACAUGGGGGGGUUCGCGUUCCGCUCCGAGCUGCUCUGGCAGAACCGUACGGACCUGCCGGGCUACCCGCACCACCCGCUCCGCUUCGAAGCCAGCUGGCAAGGGUCAGUCGCCCCCAUGAGUAGUACAUGUUUGUUGCCCCCUCCCUGCCCCCUCCCCUGCCCUUUCCCUGCCCCUUCCCUGCCCCCUGCCUUGCCCCCUGCCUUGCCUCCUCCCUGCCCCCUGCCCUGCCACCUUCGUCCCCCCUCCGCGUCCCCUUCCUGCUGGCAUGAAUAG